GAGAUCGGAAUAGAAGAAGUAGAGAAAUGGAGCUGAAACUGUAUGUGGAUCGUAUGUCCCAACCAGCUCGUGCUCUUAUUAUCUUCUGCAAGUUAAAUGGAAUCGAUUUCGAGGAGAUUACAGUGGACUUCAUAAAACGUCAAACUCAAUCGCCUGAAUUUGAAGAAAUCAAUCCUAUGAAACAAGUCCCAGCAAUAGUUCAUGGGGAAUUAAAGCUGUUUGAGAGUCACGCCAUUCUGCGAUAUUUUGCUUGUGCAUUCCCAGGAGUUCCAGAUCAUUGGUACCCUGCUGAUCUUUCCAGGAGAGCUAAGAUUGACUCUGUCUUGGAUUGGCAUCAUUUGAAUUUACGCCGUGGUGCAACUACCUAUGUUCAGAGUACUGUACUAGGACCAGCACUUGGUCGUUUGAAUCCCCAAGCAGCUGCUGAAGCUGAGAAAAUUUUGGUAGCAUCCCUAUCAAGCAUUGAAACCAUUUGGCUUAAAGAAAAUGGAAAAUAUCUAUUGGGAAACUCUCAACCAUCUAUUGCAGACCUCAGCCUUGUCUGUGAAAUUAUGCAACUGGAGGUUUUGAAUGAGAAGGAUAUCAAACGGUUCUUGGGCCCCUACAAAAAAGUUUUGCAGUGGAUUGAGGAUAUGAGAAAUGCAACAAAUCCUCACUUUGAUGAAGCACACAAAGUCUUACUCGAAGUGAAAGCAAAGUACCAAGGUGUUACUGAAUCUACCAUAAGAGCAAUGUUACCACCAAAGCUGUAAGUGUUCAGGGAGAUGUUUCGUUUCCAGCAAUCUGCAACUAUACGUAUCAAAGCAGG